GUUUUUUUUUAAAGUGAGCUAUAUUUGAAUUCAAAUUUUCUUCAAAAUUAAGAGUAAAUCGAGCCGGUUGAGUGUAAAAUGUUUAUUAUAUUUUAUAACGUAGCUACUUAUAAUUUUUAACGACAACUCGUGUAAGUUUAUAGUCCACAUUACAAUACGAUAAUACGAAUCUAGGAAAAUUGUUAUUAUUUUUUUCGAUCCAGUUCGAUUUUGUUGUUAAUAUCAUUCACCUUUUGCAGCGAAUUAUCGAGCACUUUAUAUAAGGUACGAGUAAUAUAAUUUACAUUGAACCGCAUCCUGCGAAGGUUUCGAAUACCGAAAUAAUAUAAAUAAUAACACAUCGAAAAGGAAAAAUAAAAACAAACCGAAAGAAUGCGCGAUUUGUUUUAAAUUAACGGCAUUGAAUCGAGUCCGUGCGAUCCGCUAAUUCUCUUUCGCAAUCCGAUCCGAACCGUCCUGAAUCGAGCCAUGCACGCCGCGAAAUUCUGCAAAGACGACCGCGAGUCCUGCGACUUCGACAGAGCCAUCGACCUGACGGGCAACGGGAAAUUCCACUACGAACUGAAGCUGGUCUGCUGCCUGUCCUCCCUAUCAGUGGGGUUUCAAAACGGGCUGUCCUCGUACAUCUUCGGCCCGGCCCGGUGCGAAUUGGGCAUCACCUCCGGCGAGCUGGGCCUGCUGAACGUCGCCUUCCUCGUCGGAGGCAUCGGCAGCUGCUUCGUGUGGGGCAUACUCGCCGACAAUCGCGGCAGGAAGAAAAUACUCAUCUUCACCCAUCUACUAAACGCCGUCAUCAACGUCCUGUGCUCGAUCGUACCGUACAAGAACGUACUCACGCUGUGCCGGUUCUUCAGCGGCUUCUUAAUCGGCGCACCCGGUACCUUGACCUACACGUACAUAGUGGAGUUCCACCAGCAGCGCAAGCAGUUCCGGAACGUGUGCCUGUGCGGCAUCUUCUUCGUGCUGUCGUGGCUGCUGCUGCCGAUCUUGGCGUACGCCAUACUGCCGUUGGAGUUCAGCUACAACGCCAAGAACGUGGUGGCGCUGUCGCCGUGGCGGCUGUUCCUGCUGGUGCUGACGGCGCCCGACGUGCUGGUGGGGUUCUGGCUGAUGCGGCUGCCCGAGAGCCCGAAAUUCUGGCUGGCCAAGGGCCAGCAGAAGAAGGCGCUGGCGAUACUGCAGAGGAUGUACGCCGCGAACAAAGGAGUCCCUCGGGAUGGGUUCCCCGUUAAGCACAUCGUGGGCGAGGGUGGGGCGAAUGUGAAGGGCAACGAAAUUAUGGUGACCGGUAAAACGUUGAGGGUGCUGAAGGAGUUGUUGCAGCAAAUCCAGAAGUUGUUUCAGAAGCCUUUGGUGAUUAAAACUGGAUUAACUACAGGAUUGAUGUUUUCUAAUAUGUUCGGCUUAUUCGGAUUGGGUAUUUGGCUUCCGGAAUUGUUCAUAAAAUUCAACCAGUACCAAUCCCUCCACCCGAACUCAACUGUAACGGUCAAAGAACUGUCGACGUUAAAUUUAGAAAGGAACCAAACGUGCGAGCAUUCCAUAGACCAGAACGUUGUAAUAAACACAGUGGCGACCGGUUCCUGCGCCCUGAUAUUCAACAUAAUCUGCUGCCUGCUGGCUUCGAAGGUGUCCUCCAAGCGCAUCACUCUGGUGCUCUCUUUCGUCGGCGGAUUAAGCGCAGGGUCGAUUUAUUGGCUGCAAACGGCCACGCAGAAUUUGAUCGUGGCCUGCAUAUUUCAGUCCACCACGCUGACAGCCAAUCUGACCGCCACCAGCGUCGUGGUGGAGGCCUUCCCGGCCAGUGUGGGGGGAAUCGCCAUCUGUUUGGCGGUGUGCGUCGGCCGAUUUGGCGCUGUAUUCAGCAGCGCCGCUUUCGCUUACUUUAUGGAUAAUCACUGCGAAAUACCCAUUUUCAUGGUGGCCUUUUUCGGGGUGUUGGCCAGCUUGUUGUGUAUGAUGUUGCCUAAUCAGGAGAAACGGGUCGAAUGCGACAGGGGCGAGUUGGAGCAGAGGCAUUUCGGGUUCUUCACGAGGAAGCAGAGCUACGAAAUCGCCACUAUAUCGCAUAAAAUUGUAGAUUCUAAUUGUAUUUAUAGACAAUAAACGUUUGUGUAGAG